AUGGUAUUAACAAAAAUGAAAGAAACUGCUGAAGCUUAUCUCGGUAAAAGAGUAUCAGAUGCUGGUGUUAUUGCUGCUCUUAAAAUCUUACGAAUAAUAAAUGAACCAACAGCAGCAGCAAUAGCUUACGGUUUAGAUAAAAGAAUAACAAGUGAGAAAAAUGUUCUUAUAUUUGAUUUGGGCGGUGGUACAUUUGAUGUAUCUAUAAUUGUUAUUGAUAAUGAUGUUUUUGAAGUCAAAUCAACAGUCGGUGAUACACAUUUGAGUGGUGAAGAUUUUGAUAGUCGAAUGGUAACACGUUUUCUACAAGAAUUUAAAAGAAAAACCAAUAAGGAUAUAUCACAAAAUUCACGUGCUCUACGACGAUUACUACAGCAUCGCACAUUGUCAACAUCAGCUGAAACAACAAUUGAAAUUGAUGCUUUUCAUAAAGGUAUUGAUUUUCAUACAUCAACAACAAGAGGACGAUUCGAAAAAUUAUGUGUUGAUCUAUUUCGUGCAAAACUUGAACCAGUGGAAAAUUCUUUACGUGAUACAAGAAUGGAUAAAUCAAAGAUUGAUGAAAUUGUACUUGUUGGUGGUUCAAAACGAAUUCCAAAAGUAAAAAUACUAUUACAAAACUUCUUUAAUGAAAAAGAAUUGAAUAAAUCAAUCAAUCCUGAUGAAGCCGUAGCAUAUGGUGCAGCUGUUCAAGCAGCUAUUUUAAAAGGUGACAAAUCCGAAGAAGCUAAAGAUAUACAAAUUCGUAAUGAUCAAAAUCGUUUAUCAUCAGAAGAAAUUGAGCGUAUGGUUAAAGAUGCUGAAAAAUAUAAAAAAGAAGAUCAAGCACAACAGGAACAUAUUUUAGCAAGAAAUUCACUUGAAUCAUAUUGUUUUAAUAUGAAAAAUAAUAUUCAUGAUGAUAAAAUUUCAUCAAAACUUUCAACUAGUGAUAAAACAAAAAUGAAUGAAGUUAUUGAAUCAACAUUAAAAUGGAUUGAAACAAAUCAAUUAGCUGAGAAAGAUGAAUUUGAACAUAAAUUGAAAGAAAUUGAAAAACUUUGCUUGCCAAUCAUGACAAAACUUUACAGUAAUGAACAAUUUGCUGAACGUACAUCGAAAUCACACAGUAAUGGUCCAACAAUUGAACAACUUGAUUAA